AUGCAGUUACCUGAGGACCUGAGAAACGAAGGACCUCUUGAUCUGAUUCUGCACUUGCAACGUUGUGGAGGGAUGUUGCUGGAUGCCUCUGUGAUUACCAGUGCCUGGCGGGUGGUAAUGUACAAUCUCGCGAAGGCCCUCACUGUAUCCUGCUUCAUUAUAGCGUCUGUGGGAGUUGCAGUGGAGUCCUACCUCACUCGAAACAACUUGGAGGAAUUCGCAGAGAGUUUUGCGAUCUUCAUCACCCAGUCCAAGAACUGUGUCAAAAUUGUCUCUCUCUUUGUGCACAGAAAGAAGAUUCUGAAGAUUAUUAAGCACGCUGGCGAGAACUUCUUCACCCAUGAUAAGAUCCUCUCACCUGAGGAGCGUUUACUGAUUAGUAGGUAUCUACGUAGUGCCAAGAGAAAUGCUUUCAUCUUUUUGGCACUCUGGGCUCUGUGUUUGACGCUCCAGUCGUGCUCCAAAAGAACAACAGAAAACGCCGGGAGAGAUAUGCCCAUUAAGAUAUGGGUCCCUUUCGAUACGAAACAGAGCCCUUAUUAUGAACUGGGAUACGUGUACAACACGUUAUCUUGCAUUGUCAUUUCCUGGAACGUGGCCCUCAUGGAUACACUGUUCUUCGUCAUCAUCGUACAUAUGACAGCACACUUCGAACUCCUGGGGAACUCCCUCAGGACCCUGGGCCAGGACCACAAAGAAUUGGCAGAUUUUUCGUUGAGGAGCGAAGAAGAGGACAGAGACAGCAAUGUGGAACUCCUCAAUUCGGUGCUGAGCCCCAUCGAAUGCGCUGAGGUCCUAAGCGCCUCAGUGCUGUUUGCUUUUUCGGGAUUCCAGAUAACGGUUGUGUCGGACCCAGUACAUCUGCCUCGGCAGAUAAGUUUCCUCGCUUUCGUCGUGCUGGAACUAGGUCUGCACUGCUGGUAUGCCGACAGCCUCACUGCUCAGAGUGAGGCUCUAUGCCAGGCUGCGUACUCCAGCCAGUGGUUCCAGGAGUCGACCAGUGUCCAGCGAUCAGUCUCCAUCAUAAUGAUGCGGGCACAGCGGCCGACCAGACUCACCGUGGGGCCUUUCUCUACCCUCUCACUUGAACUUUUCGGCGCGAUAAUGCAGACAUCGUAUUCAUAUCUGGCUCUCUUAAGACGAGUACACUUCGGGAAGUAGGAACAGCUGUCAGUCUGGAUUGGUAUCCUCAAAUUAUUAGAAAGGCAGUGUAUGACUGUAUUUUUGAAGUUAUUAGAACUGUUUAGUAAAUUUCAAUAGGUCGAUUAGUCUGUCACUUAUCUGAUAGUGCAAGCAUAUGUACUGAUGCUAAAAUUAAUGUAUUGUACAUUCUUUUUGAGUUUUGAUCCUAGGCUUAUAUCUCAAUAUAAGUG